AUGAAGAGACCAUGGGGUGAGUCCGUUGGGACGCAGAGCAAUCACACUCGCACGGAUGGAGUCCAAGAGCCGUCCGCUUCUGCUGAACUCGCUGCAUCCGCAAAUGAUGACACGCAAGUGAGAAGUGACGGGCGUAACGUACGUGUAAGAAGUUCAGGUUCUCCACGUACAAUUGAUACGGGUAAUGGGGGCGGUUCAACAGUCGUAUCACCACAGCGUCAGUUGAGUGACCAACGGUUACCGCAAGCAUCCUCGAGACAUGAAUUGCUGGAGGGCACUUCUGAGUUUCUGUUGCGUACGGAGGGGAAUAUUCCAUGCUCCUUUGGUAAUGUGCCGAAGGAUUCUAUAGGUUAUGAAUCGCAGUGCUGUUGGAACUUGUACAAUAAUACGGGAACAACGCACUAUGAACCACCAUGGAGGACGUGCUUAGCUGUGGAGAAGAACCGGGAGAACCCCUAUUAUUUGCCAUGGCUUGACUCCAUGAAAAUACCUCCACUGGAUGAAUUACUUUCGAAAGUAGACGAGCGGAAAAGCAAAGCAGCAACCUCUGGUGAUGUGGACUCCGGCACGAACGAUUCUAAUGUAAAAGACGGAUCUACGAAGCAUGCGGAUUAG